CUUCCAGACCUGCUCACUUUCGUUGAAUAUGGCAUGUGAUGGGAGACAUAUUCUAAUGCAAUACGUUACAGAAAUCUGUCUCAAUUGUUGGAAGGGCAGAUAAUUGCAUCCAUGGACGAAGACGCACGUGAAGACGCGAGAUGGUAAAACCUUAGCGUGCUUGACGAAGCCACUGUUCGCGUUCACUUCCAGGGCCCCUCCUACAGCGACAUUCAGAAAACCCUAUCACUAAUCAACGAGACCAUCGCGAUCACUUGCUUCCUCAAACAGCGCCUACUUUACCAUGGAUGAAGUACAAGCGAGCGCAUACCUCUCUCAACUCAUCGGAAAAAAUUUGCGUAUCCACACCAACGAUGCCCGCAUGUUCAUCGGACAAUUGCGAUGCACCGAUAAGGACCGCAACAUCAUACUCUCCCUCACGCACGAAUACCGUCAACCGUCAGAAGCCACCAUCCGUCAAGCAAUCGUCGAAUCUGGCAAUCCAACCGCACAGGUGCCUCUGGCAAGUCGCUUCGUAGGCCUCGUCGUUGUUCCUGGUCAAUAUAUUACGAAGAUUGAAUACGAAGAGAGUAUAUUCAGUCGGGAUCAAUUUGUGCCAUGAAAUGAAGAAGCUUGUUUGGAGAGCUAAAAUACGUUCUUUUGUAGAGCCUUCCGGUAUUUCGGAAACUUUUCAACACUGAGAUACUCACCCAUAACUGCCACAGGUUUAGACGCCUUCUUUAUGUUGUAGCCACUGGUUGAUAAAGCUAGGAGAAGGCUGGACGAUACACGCGCCCCUCAUACUGUUUCUGCAGCUCAGGAGAAUUAGCUAGAGUAAGCUAAAUAUCUCCCAAGUAGGCACUGUGCGGAGGAUGAUCAGACAUGUUCUCAUCCCAGGUAUCGCACUCACAGCCUCUAUAUCGUUCAGAGCGAGGGUUAGCCAUUUCUCAAACCUGUGAAACCAUAGUGUAUGACUUUUUGCAUGUGCUGGGUGCUCAAUUACAUGAAAAUAUGGCGUGCAUGUACGUUUCAUUCAAAGUCGAUAUACGCAUGGCUUUGUCAUGCAUUCUCGUGCUG